GGGCCAGCCCAGCUGCCCGCUCCCCUCAGUAUACCAGGUGCUAGAACACAGCUGUUUCUUCCUCGUUCCCCAACCCAGGCAGGCUGUAAUUGGUGGGGCAGAGCAGGGCGGGGCUACCCCCGUGUUGAAUCCACUGGGGCUAUCUCCACUCCAGGCAAAUCCAGCCAGAGACUGAUUCUGAGCAGCAGUUCUGCCUGGUGAGAGCUGCCAUGGAUUGGUGGAGAUAGGGGACUGGGAGGUCAGGAAGUGUCAGGUCCGGGUGGAUCAGGAGCCCCAAAAGAAAAAUUAGAAUUGCCUGGAGAAGAACUCCUGCUAGACUGAGGGAGAAGGGUUAGGGAAUUCCAGGGGCAUGGAGGCUGUGGAAGAGGAGGGGGUGACUAGAGGAAGGGAGAGGCCAGGGAGCAAUAGGAAUGCCUGGAGCUGGAAAUGGCAAGCUGUACGUUUUGGUUUACUCUUUCCUUGGUGCAGUCUCCCUGUCUGUGCUAUGGUGAGAACUUUCCUGCCUUAGCUGCCUUGCCAAGAGAAAGGGCUUCAUGAAAGCAAAAACGACCUGCAAAUUGAGGUCAGGAGCAGGAAGGUGUAAACUGAAGGGAGAGGGACCUCCUGCCCACCCCAUGUCCUUGCCAGGUGAGGUGGAAGCAGGACAUGCAAGCCUAAAGUCUGUGUUGUCUUCCCAGGCACUGAUUCACUGGCCCUGCCAUGCCCGCGCCACUGUUCCCACUGCUGCUUCGGUUGCUGCUGUCCCGUCUGCUGCUGCCUGUCACCCGCCUGGCCCGCCAGUACCUCCUGCCCCUGCUGCGCCGAUUGGCCCGCCGCCUGGGCUCCCAGGACAUGCGAGAGGCUUUGCUGGGCUGUCUGCUGUUCAUUCUCAGCCAGCGACACUCGCCAGACGCUGGGGAGGCCUCAAGAGUGGACCGCCUGGAGAGGAGGGAGAGGUUAGGCCCCCAGAAGUGAGGCCACGAGUCCUGGCAGCAGCUGAAUCCACAAAAUGCUUUCUUCUGGAGUAGGAUAAUCCUGGCACCAGCACUGACCGAAGCCUGCCCAGUGGACAGAAGAUAUAGUGAGGGUUGUGCAUGAGAUGGAUCUGCCACAGACAUGCCUCUCCACUCCCAACAGAAAUGUCUUUCUGGAAGAAUGCCUUGCAUCUAGCAUGAAAUCGAUCAUUGCCCCUCUGUCCUCCAGGAGUUCCUCCCAAAGACCACUCCUAAUCACCUCUGGCCUCAGGUGGGAGGGGAACUAACACCCACCCACCCCUGCCGUCCCUGCAAAUGAGAACAUCAAGGUUCCCAAUGCUUAACUGAGGGACAAGUGACAAUUUAGCAGAGAGGAAAGAUUUGAAUCCAGACUGUCUUCCAGACUCAGGACCUACCUUAAAAUAAUAUCUGAGUUCCCUAUGGAGGCAGACCUGCCUGCACAGCCCAGCACUCAGCAAGUGCUCAAUAAAUAUUUGAUUUGAAUUAUUUC